AUGGAAGACGCUGAGUGCACGAUUUGGAAUUUGGGUUUCUAUGGAAUGAUCUCGAAUUGGGAAAAUCAAUCGACCAGCUACUGGUCGGUGGGCACACUUUUGUCGAAAUUGAUGGAAAAUUGUGGAGAUUAUCAGGCACAUCUUGUAGCGAAAGGCGACACUCCUUUGAGCAAAAUCGUUUUCCUUUACCCGGACGACUGGGCUUCGACAGCGAUUCGAAUGGACGACCCACAGGCACUCAUCCCGAGUCGUUUAGAGCAAUACAAUCUUGGGCCAAAUGAAUACAUGAACAAUGCCACCGCUAUGGAUAAUACGUUGUGGAAUCUGUUUGAACUGGCGAAUACAAAAUUGGACAACAAUACGGCAAAAGCCAUCUAUUUCUUCACUGAUAUCGAUUGUACACAGAAAGGAUUUGAAAUGAUGGGAAUGCUUAUUGAAGUGUUCCUAAGCCACGCGAAUUCCAUUAUAGCAAACGGUGUCCCAUUUCGCCUUUUUUGGAUUGAAAAAGGCAAACUUGAAACCUGUCUUCCAUUUUUCGCAAAACAUCUCGUCCCUAACAAGGACUACAUUCAGUGGAUCGGUUACAUCGAAAAUUUGCAAGACUAUGCGGAUCGCUUCGGAAUGUGUCCCGAAAAGUCAGACACAGCACCCCAGAUGUUCUACUGGUGGCUGCUGGCGGUGGGAGUGGUCGUUUUUAUGGGUCUUCUCAUUUGCAUUGUCUACUGUAUUCGACACAUUUGCCCUCAAUGGCUAUUUUGCUUCGUGAAAAACCUUGAACCGGAAACUCUUGAAAAGUCUGGAACAAGAAGAUUCUCGAAUCUUUACUCGGGAUUCGGUGGAUAUCGAAAGAAAAGACACGGAGAUCCUCUUGAUGAAUGGGACAUUGACGAUGAUUCACUGCACAUCACCAAUGAGAAGCUCGGCUCCGGCGCUUAUGCCGUUGUUUAUGUUGGGAUUUUACAUGGACAACUUCCUGUUUUAAAAGUCACUGAAACAUUGCAAUUAUCCUGCUCGUUGAAGCGCUCGGAGAAUCGAGUGGCCGUGAAGAAGCCUCAUCCACAUGCAUCCUACACUGAUAAAUCCGAAUUCAUGAAAGAGAUCAACUUCAUGAAAGCUCUCGGCUAUCAUCCGCAUCUUUCCUCGCUUCUCGGCUGUCAGAGUGAUCCUUUUCAUCCAUGCAUUGUGACGGAAAUUUGCGAGAAAGGUGAUCUACUCGAGCUGUUGAGGAGUCAAAUACGUGGAGAAACUGACUUUCUCGACUCUGCCGAUUUCAUUCCAAUCUCAUGGCAAAUCGCUGAUGCUUUGGUUUAUCUAUCUUCUAAAAAUAUUAUUCAUCGAGAUGUUGCUGCGAGAAAUGUUUUAGUUGCAAGGAAUAAAGUUGUAAAGUUAAGCGAUUUUGGUUUAUGCCGUUUCAAUGAGAUCACAUUGUACACAACGCGUGGUGGUCGAUUGCCGAUCAAAUGGAUGGCUCCAGAAUCAUUGGAAUUUGUACAAUUCUCGAUUAGAUCCGAUAUUUGGUCAUACGGUGUUUUCCUGUACGAAGUCUAUUCUUGGGGACUCACUCCUUACAUCACCGUUCUUCCCGAUGAAAUGCUUGCUCAUUUAAGGAAAGGAGCUCGUUUAGAAGCGCCUGAUUGUCCAGUAAUAUUG